AAAGCCUGAGAUGGCUGAACUUGUGUUCACUCUUUUAGAAGCCCAUUGUCAUCACAGCUGGUAAAAUACUGCAAUUCUGAAGUGAUAAUAUGUUGCAUAAACAGCAUCUAAAUAAACACCUAUUCUCAGAUACACCAUCCAAGUGGAAUGGGCAAGAAUAUUUUUGAAUGGAAAAGAGGGAGGAAUGAGGGAGAGUGGGAGGGGCAUGUUUUCGUCUGUGUUUGUAUCAUUAUAUAGGUAACUGUGAUAGUGCAACUGUGCCUAGAACAAGGGUUCUCAACCUGUAAACAGCUCUUUGCCCCACCAGAGCCUACACCUGCAGUGCUAAAGAACAUUAAAAAUUGUUGUGUAGUGAAAUUUAUGCACAGUAUCACUUUUUAAAAAGGCUUGUAGUUUUGAUUGAGUCAUUUUGAAGAGUCGUAACCUAUAGGAGAGGGGUUGAGCUUUGUGGCACAUCACAGAACAAAGAUAACCUCAGAUGGCAAAGGUGGUGUAGGACUAACAGGCUCGAUGUUUGGGGUAAAGUAUCAGGAGUAAAUACAGGAAUUACAUAGAAUUAGUAUUGCACAGUUAAGUCCUGUAGUGUGAUUUGCAGUGUCUUUAAAGACGGGGCAGCUUCUUGAAGGGAUUCCUCAUCAUGGCAGGACUGAUGUGUAGGAAAAGAGAAGAGAUGCCAUCAGAAAUUCAGUAUUUUUGGUGAUAAUGCCACAAAGAACAAUAUUAGGGAUAGGUAUCUUCUAGACCUUCACUCUAAGGCACUAAUUAACGACGAUUGAAAAUAAAUGAAUAAAUAAAUAAAUAAAAGCUCUGUCCCCGUAUCAGAGAAUCUUGAUCCUUUCCACAGAUAACCUGAGGGUUAUAUGUUAAUGUUUAUGUAGCGAGGAAGUAAAAUGCAACCUGCAAGGUAUUUGGAGAGCCACAAAGGGAUGACCCACCCAUUCCCCUGGCUAAACAGGUUGAGAAUCCCUGUUUUAGAGAAUAUAAAGAUACAUCUACAUGAGCCCACAUGGAGCUCUUUUUUUGCCUCAACACUUGUUUUUGGCAGCUCACGUAGUAUCAACUCAGAUAUCCCCACAGUGUGAUCCAGUGUCCAGUAUAGGCAAAAUCCUAACUCAGAGUAGUUGAAUAAGUUGGAAAAAAAAUGCUCAUACCCACUGGACAAAGUCUCGGUGUAUAAAAACCAUAGUGUUUGACUUCAAACUGUCAUGCUCACCAUUUGCACAGAUUUUGGUUAAACAGCUGAAUUCUACACCUUUGUAGAAAAGGUAAUUUAAUGUUUUCUUUUUCAGGCUCCUCCAUUGCCAUCCUCUUCAUCUUGACAUUUUUUCAUGGACAUUAAAUGAAAACUUUUCUGAUAUUCAGGAAGUGACCCAGUUCUGCACCACUGAUUUUUGUAGCUAUCCCGUAAGGCUGCUGGCUGAAAGCUGUGUCUAUGCAACCUUCCAAGUGCGGAGUGUCAACCAACUGGACAGGAGAGAGCACUGCCUCCUACUCCAGAACUCAAAACAAAUAAAGCUCAUCCAGCUGUACUUCAAAAAAAUAA